CGAGAGCGCCCCACACCAGACCAUCAUCACCACCAAGAGCAGGUGGGGAGGCUUCCGUCCUCCUCCUCCCAUCCAGGUUAGCUGCAGCCUCAGCCCAGAGCCACCUGAUCUCCUGGCACUAUGGUUCGUUACCGAGUGAGAAGCCCCAGUGAGCGUCCACGCAAGGGGCCUGGGCAAGAACAUGAAGAUCAGGGGCAAGGGUUGAGCCCAGAGCAUGUGGAGGACUAUGGGAGGACACAUAGGGGCCACCACCAUCACAGACACCGUCGCUGCUCACGUAGGAGGCUGCACCGGAUCCACAAGAGGCGCCGGUCAUGCAGGAGGCGGAGACACUCCUGCCGCCACAGGAGGCGGCAUCGCAGAGGUUGCAGAAGAUCCCGCAGGAGGAGGAGAUGCAGGUGCAGGAAGUGUAGGAGGCACCACUACCAUUAGGCCUCCCCAC